CGAUAUACGAUAAGCUAAAUUAAACGAGUAAGUGAAAAGUGAUUAACUUCUAACUGUAUAGUGCAUCGUGUAUCGUUCCGUAUCGAACAUCCCCAUCCAUCCGCAGCAGCGGCCGCAGAAAGUGGAGGAGCAAUGGAAAGUUGCCGAUAAGGCAACACUUGUGCGUCGGCAACGACACCAAAAAAAGCAAAGCCAAAACCAAAAGAAGAAGCAAAAAUUGCAGCGAAAAGUUUUGUGAAAAGCGAGAAGAUCGUUACCGACUACUGACUCGUCCUCCUUCUCGUCACUUCACCCUUCCGCGGCGGUGAAGCGGAUAACCAGGACAAAGAGACGACGAAAGCGACUAACUGCAACACACACACGCAUACCAUACCGCACACACCGACAUCAGCCCUCGUGUAAUACCAAUCCAAAAUCACAUAUACCAGACACACACACAAAACCAACCAACAAAAACAACAUGCAAUCUUUGCACAGUAGUUAAAUAAUUCUGCCCUGUCUGCGCUUUAUUUCCUUCUUCAUUUUGUUCUUUUUUCUCGUUUAAUUUCAACAAGUUUCUGUUCUCCCACUUUUCCCCUUCUCUUCGCUUUCCACCGUUCUUUUUUUUGCGUUAUUACUUCACACACAAACAGACACCACGAAACACAUACACGCGACACCCACCACUACAGCGACAGAAUUUGUGUGACGUCCGAGCGCAGAAUUGUCGUCGUUUAUAUUUUGUUUGUGCAUUUUUGCCCGUUUUCCCUCCGUUGUGUGCGCGAGGCGUGCCUGCAGAAGCGGCACGAGAUCAGCAACCAGCCGCAGUAGCAGCAGCGGCGACCGGCUCCCCAAUACAACACCUGCGCGCCUCCAACAAGCACACACACACACUUGUUGCAGCACAAAACAGACGGAGACAGAUAGAGAGAGAGAGAGUGAGAUAACGGAGGCGGAGAAUUAAAAGUGCCUAAGAAGUCAUCAUCUGCUGCUAUCAGCGUACGUUCGUUUGCCCCCAGCGUACUUACACAACUUGGAAAAAUGGUCAAGGAGAAACCCAACUCAACGCGGAUCUACGACAAGGAUGGCUUCAGGCGACGGGCUGCCUGCAUUUGUGUGCGGGCCGAAAACGAGGCAGAGGUACUUCUGGUCACCUCCUCGCGGCGUCCUGAGCUUUGGAUCGUCCCAGGUGGUGGCGUGGAGCCCGAGGAAGAGCCCUCUGUGACCGCUGUACGCGAGGUGCUCGAGGAGGCCGGUGUUGUUGGCAGUCUGGGUCGUUGUCUGGGUGUAUUCGAGAAUAACGAUCAUAUGCAUCGGACUGAAGUGUUUGUCAUGAAUGUGACCAAGGAGCUGGAAGAAUGGGAAGACUCGCGCAGCAUUGGACGCAAGCGGCAGUGGUUCACGAUCGACGAUGCCUUGUCCCGUCUGGCGUUGCACAAGCCAACGCAGCAGCACUAUCUGAUGCAGCUGCAGCACUCGAAGACUCGGGACAACACGAAUCGUGUGGUGAAUGCCACGCAUCCGCCCAAGUUGACCAAUGUGGCCACAUCUCCAGCUGCAUCGCCAACAACGGCAUAAACACCCAUAAACACAAUUUACUACACCUAUCCUCCAAAACACACACAACAUCCUAUCGCGAAAAAUCGAUUCUAACUAUUCUUCAAUCCCGCGCACAUUUUGACAUUUUUGGAAGUUUACAAAUAGACAGGCAGUUAAUAUAUUAUGUUGAUUAAGCAAUAUGUUAUCCACAACCUCACGCAGCCUCACACCCUCCCAUACAGCCUCCAAUCCGCCUAUCCCUGAACCUAUUUUUAAGUCCAACAGUUCAUUUAUGUCUUUAGUAAUUUGUAAUGGAGCUAAAUUUACUUGAUUGUACUCUCCAAAACCGAGAGAGAGUGAGUUUGAGGAUGAGUAAAGCAUCUAAAUAAUUAAAUGUAAUUCAAGAUCUAUAACUAACAAAACAAGAACAUAUAAUAAUUUUUGAGCGAAUAGCACUUUUUGCAAAAACUAAAACUAAAACUAGAGAAAACUAAAACAACAAAGCAAAACAAAACAAAAUAUCUAUUAGAUUUUUCUACUCUUUUCUAUAAUUUACUCGAAAAUUAUGGCAUCUUAAUUGAUUUAAAUACCAAUUGGAAAUGCUAACAAAACUUGAUUAACUGAUGAUUAAACAAUUAUGCUAAGCGGCCUAAAGAAAAACCAACAAUAAAACAUAUUUAAGCGACCACUAA